AUGGAUUCUGAAAAUGAAUUGCAGUACCAGCAGUCGCUGGAUUUGGGUUUGCUCAUAGAACUAGUCCAAGGCUAUAAUCACCUCUAUGACCUUUCAAAUAAACAUUACAAAGAUAACAACAAAAAGGAAGAAUCUUGGAAGGAGAUCUCUGAGAUUAUGGGCGUUUCAGCUUCCAGAAGUUUAAAGAGAAAAGCAGAUCCUGAUUGUGCCGAGAUGGUGGAGGCUGCAAAAAGAGUUGCAGACUCUAUUAGUUCUCGCAAAAGCACUGCAGUAAAAGAGCCAACUCAGAAUGAAGCAUUUUGUCAAUAUAAUUUAUCUCGGCUCAAUUCUAUGGACAAGGAUGAAGCUAAACAGAAAAGGCGGAGAAUGCUACUGAUUGUGGAAGAUUUAGAGUAA